AUGAAAUUAAGAGCAUUAUUUGGCUACGGUGAGAAGGACAACUACAUUAUAACCCAGAUGCCCCUCCCUGAGACAAUGAAGGACAUCUGGCGGAUCGUGCAUGACACGGGAAUCUCCACUAUUGUUAUGAUGAACAUGGUCGAUGAUACUUAUGAGUUUUCCACAGUUUAUUGGCCACAAGAGACUGAGCAGAUGGAGUAUCACCCACUGAUAGUAGAUUGCCUGGACGUGGACACAUCCAACACAGAUAUCACUGUCAGAAACAUAAGGAUAUCAAAGAUUGCGGGCAAAGUCGGCGUAAGAAAAGAUGAUAUAUCUGGUCGAGUGGUCCGGCACUUUCAGUUACAAAACUGGCCCGAUGGUCAGGCGACGCCAGCAUCCGUGGAGGCGAUCGUGGAUCUGCUAGAAAAGGUCGAGAAGUGGCAACAAAAGGUCGAGAACAAGAAGAUACUUGUACAAUGCCUGGACGGUGCUUCCCAAAGUGGUGUCUUCUGUGCGGCGCAUUCUGUCAUUGAGAAGGUCAAGGUCGACCAGGAGGUGGAUGUUUUCCAGUAUCUCCGUCUGCUGAGGUCACACAGACCACAACUCGUCAACACUUAUGAGCAAUACAAGUAUGUCCAUGAAGUCGUUCUGAGAUACCUACAAAAUUUCGACCUCUAUGCUAACUUCCAGUAAACAGUGCAAUAUACUCCCAGGGAGUUACUUUAUUUGAGCAACGAAUCGUUUGUCGAAAUCUAUGAUACAAAUACCAGCAGCAGUCGAUCGAUCAUUUAAAGGGAAUGUUGUUUCCAGGCAAAUUGUGGCUGGAAAUGGUUCGUGACUCCACCACCACGGGUGUCAAAAUCAUUCUAUUCAGUAUAUGUAAACUCUCAAGAGAUACAUGUAGGCCUGCAUAUUUUCAUUACGAUGGCAAAAUGUAUACCAGGUUACAUGUAGGUGCUGGUGCCAUAUAUCGGCGUCGGUCCAACUAUCCCAGUAUAGCCUGAUAUCACGACUUUAGAGUAAUUUAACUACGUGUUACCAAGACUUACCAAGAAGGCACUAGCGAUCUCAGAAUUUUGUGAAUAAGGUGUAAAUCAUCAGCUAAGUAUGCUUGAUGUUUAGUGAUUCAGUAUUACUCUAGAUUAACAGCUGAAUC